AUGUGUGUUCAUCUAUCUAUCUAUCUAUCUAUCUAUCUAUCUAUCUAUCUAUGCACAUCAAACAUCUGCAGACUAAUACCUAUCUAUCUAUCUAUCUAUCUAUCUAUCUAUCUAUCUAUCUAUCCUAACCAGUCACAUUCAGAUAAGGGGAAGCACUCUCACUCUUUCUCUCUCUCUCUCUCUCUCUCUCUCUCUCUCUCACACACACACACACAGAUUCUACUUGUCACUUUUACUCUUUUUAUUCUUCUAUCAUUCUUUGGCAAAUUCUCUGAGCUUUUCAGUCUUUUUCACCUUCAUGCUUCCUCUCCCAUCUCUUACUCUAUUGAUGUUAUGUACAUCUUCCUUUAUUCUCUCUUUCAGGUUCUGCCUUUUCUCUCUUCACUUUCACCAGCUUUUCUCACUUCCUUGUCCCUGCUUUGUUUGUUUUUUUUUUCUUUCUUUUCCCUAAAUUCUCCACUCUCAUUAAGUCAUUACUUUCUUUCUUUUUUUUCCUUGUCUCCAAAACUUCUUCCUUUAUUUCUCUCUUUUGACUCUUCUCUUUUGUUCUUUUUUAUUGCCUACAUUUUUUCUUUAAUUUACUCAUUACCUUCUUCCUUUUUUCUAUCUGCCCUUGAUUCCUUAUCUCUUUCUUCCAUUUCCCUUUAA